AUGACGUCUACGCCAGACAAGAGGCCACAACACGCCUUAUAUGAAGGCAACGAACCUGGGCUUCUCUGCUUCAACCCGAUGCUCCCUUUCCUUGCCCGACUUUUGGCGUAUGAAGCGUUCAGGGACUACAAAACCAUCGAAGACCUCUUGACAAUUGUGCCACCCGAGGAUGAGAUGUUGGUGUUACAGUGGAAAGACGACCUCCUUGAGACACCAUUCUUCAAAAGCCAGUCGACGGACAACAUUGAAACUGCGGCUGCGUUUAGCCAUCGGCAACGAUUACUCGGCCUACGGGCAGGAUAUGCGACACCGCCAAGACAUCAUGACAUCAGGGCGGAGGGUCUUCACUUGAUGAAUCUGUUCGAGUCCGAAGCUACACGUAUGGUAUACGCUGGACACACCGACCCGAAUACGCUCCCAAAGCAUUAUUUGCCUCGGAACAGCGCAGAUGGCCAGGCAGCCUACCACGGCCAGAAAAGGCGUGGCAUAUGCCUGCCUGCAAAGAAGCAAUUCGAGUUUGAAAACAGCCCUGAAUUCAUACGCAUAAACAAGGAACUCGUUAAGCGACGGGGCACAAGCGACAGCAAAUCGUCACAAGAGCGAAUAAAACUGUACGCGGAGAAACGGAAAAUGCUCGCCAAAGAGCUACGAGACUGGCAAAAACGCCAACCGGUUAAGCACGAUGAUGCGCCGGGAUACCAUAGGGCAAUAUUCGACCGUGUCCGGUUCAUGAUGCCGGAAAGAGACCGUCUGGCGCAAAAUCUCUUCGAGAUCGAUACGCUGCGAAGCCCCAUAGGUCUCUCAGUGCUUCGCGACAUGCUGGCUCUUUAUCAGAAGAGCUCUAACGUGGAGUACCGGCCAGGAUUGGAGCCGGACAAGUGCCCUUGCGGAAAAGGCAAUGACAGCUCUUACGACUGGCGACACGUGUACGCAUACUUCAAGGCAGCCAUGGCAAAAGCCUAUGGCUUUGCAGAGCUGUGCUUUCUGUGUAACGAGUGGUUCCAUUGCACCGAGGCCUGGGGUGCCCAUUGUCAACACCACUUGGAUCAUCCGGAUAGCCUCCCGGUUUGGUGCGAUCCUCUCACUUAUGGCGGCGUCCUCGCCAGAGCCGGUUACUGCCCGUUCUGCCUCGGGGACAGAAACUUGCCGGCCUCAGUACGAAUGCAUCAGUUCAAGAUACGGUGGACUUGGCUCGACCACAUCCAAACGCACAUCAGGACACUGGAAGGUGGGGACAUGCCUGUACACUGCCCAAUUCUGCAUCCCACCUGCCCUGGAGUGUUUAAAUCGGUCCAGGAACUGCAAUUUCAUCUUCAAGACGCUUUUGGUGUUGAGCGGAAUAGGGAUUCCACGAAGAUCAAGAGACCAAGAUAUGAAAAGAGAGAAGCAGCUGCCUCAGGUGUCCCCAGACCUUUCUCAGAGUUCCACUCCUUCCUUGGGCUCACAUACUACAGCUGUUGA